CGCAUUGAACGAAUCCUGUCUCAGACUCCAGCGAACCUUAGAGAAAUCACAUCUUUCUCCACAGCCUGUUUUCUCAUCUGUAAAAUGGGGAUAAUAAUAGCAUCUGCCUCACAUGGUUGCCGUGAGGAUCAAGGAAGAUAAUCUAUGCAGCUUUACAGAGCGGUAUCGGGGCUAGCUAUAUUUUGCCAGAAUUAAAAAUUUUUGAAUCAACAUCCACUAAAGAUUGGUCUCUACAGAUGUCUUUGAUUUAUCCUUUCCUGGCUUGAAUAUUUGAAUGCUACACGGUCUCAAAAACAGGGCUGGUAGAAAGAUCUUUUCUCAAUUUUUACAAGGGGUCAGUAGGGCAUGCAUUUCCGGGGAAGGCAAGUGCGUACGCAUGCGCAGUCUCCUCACGUAGUAAUAAGGGAAAUGAGGGUGUGUGUUAAGGCCUCGUUUCAGGGCGUCUCUUGAAGUCUCUUCUGCUUCUCAUACCUCUACUUUACACACUCGCAGCCCACCGUCUGCGGUCGCCAAGGCUCGGGAUGUUCCCCGAGCUUAAUAACUUGUUGAAUGUCAGCCCUGACAAGCCAGAGCAGGGGAAAUUCACUCUACUCUGUGAUGCCAAGACAGAUGGAGGCUUCCUGGUACACCACUUUCUUUCUUUUUACCUAAAAGCUAAUUGCAAAGUUUGCUUUGUGGCCCUUCUGCAGUCCUUCAGUCAUUAUAACAUCGUAGGUCAAAAACUGGGAGUCAAUCUAAUUGCUGCCCGAGAUCGCGGGCAGCUGGUAUUCUUUGAAGGCCUGAAGUCCACUGUUGAAGUCCUCUUUGGGUCAAAGGAACAGCCAAACACUCUCAAGUUUAUCAGGGAGUCCAGCUCAGACCUGAAGUCGUUAUAUGAGUUUGUUCAGAAAGCUCUUACUCCCUCAGGUGAUGGCAGUGCUACUUCAUGGAAGUUCCCAGUGCUUUUGGUGGAUGACCUGAGUGUCCUGCUCAGUUUGGGUGUUGAAGCAGUGGCUGUUCUGGACUUCAUCCAGUAUUGUCGAGCCACUGUCUGCUGCCAGCUGAAGGGAAAUGUGGUGGCUUUAGUGCAUGACAGUGACCAGACAGAGGAUGAGGAGAAUGCAAUGCUCAUGAAUGCUCUUGGUCACCAAAGCAGCUUGAUCCUCCGGGCUGAGGGAUUGGUCACUGGAUUCUGCAAGGAUGUUCACGGGCAGUUGAAAAUCCUUCGGAGGGGACUGCUUCAGCCCAAGAGUGAGCAAACUCGGAGCCUCAUUUAUCAAUACAAAAUACAAGACAAAAGUGUGACCUUCUUUGCCAGAGGACUGUCUCCUGCUGUGCUGUGACUUGAUCUUUGGACUGUGGAAAGUGACAUCCUGACUUUUCUCAUUUGGGAGAAAAGGCCAUUCCAUAAAUGGACCUUUCCCAGCUUUGUCUUAGGCUGAUCAGACAAGCAUGGCUACUUUAGAUGUUGUUCUUGUGGUCUGCGUGAGAAAAAAACUCCACAUCCCCCUCUCCCCCAUGACACCCACAACAGCCUAGCAUCCCUCAUGUCCCCUGGUAUUAGCCUAAACAAUGUGCAAUGUUGUGAUGGAGGGAGGAAGGAAUGAGUUGAACUUAAAAGGGGAACACUGGAAGGAAAGCUCUUUGGAUUUCUGUGUUUUGGAACUAUAAAGGGGUCCACUUUGCUAAAUGGAGAUGCUAGAUCAGGGUAGUCUUUCUUAAAGAAUGGUCUCUUUCCUUUCUCCUCAUUCACCCUUUCUUUUCUGUUAAUCAACCAUUAAAAAUCUAUGGCCAGACUCCCCAUUUUUAAUCUUAACAGGUCAAAGCUCAGGGCAGCUUAUGGCAGGACUGCCAAACACGUUUCCUGCUUCUCCAAUUCACCAGAGUUCUUAGUUCAUGUAUGAAAAACUCCCAAGAAAUGUCCAUCCCAUCUCUACUGACUGUGGGAAACUGAGCCUAGAUUCUAGUUGGGUCUUGUAUAGAAAUAUACUACAUAAUGGGCUGACCUCAUGGUGUAUGUGUGUUAUUUCUUUAAUAAAACUUUAAAUACUU